AUGCCAAAACGAAGUGCGGAAGAAAAAAUCGAGUGUUACGAACGCAAAAUUAGAAAAUUACGUGAACGCGAUAUCGGACGACAUCGCCGAAUACGCGUCAUAUCAUCCGAUUCUUCCAAUAGUGAAGGUGUUGAAGAUGCCGACCAACCUGAGUUAAGCCUUAAAAAUAAUGCGAAGGAUCUCGGGAACUCUUCAGGACAGUGUCCCACACCAUCCAUCAGAGAGCCUGAGCCCAUGCCGGAGCCCGAGCUUACGCCAGAACCUGAGCUCGCAGUGGAGCCAGUGUCUAGACCAGAGACCAGGACAGAGAAACCAUUAGAGCCACUGGCUUUAGAGGCAACCUCGUUGGAACAAAACCCGAACGAUGAAUCAGCCGAACCAGAAUUGGACCCUGAACUUUUAGAAGCCCUCGGUGAAUCCACCAGCGAUACCCCAGAGUUUGGAGAAAGAAUUCACGAGAGUUUAGCCAAAUUGUGGCUUCCUCUACUCGUCAAAGGCUUGCCAAAAGAUCAUCAUCAUCAUUACAGCCCUUCACAAGUCCACUGCUGA